UGCAGAGCACCGCAAAAAAAAAAAAAAAAAGAAAGAAAUCGCACACGGUCGAAGGGAUUUCCUGUGCUGUUGCUGAGCUGCAAAAAAAUUCGAAGGCUUCAACUAAGGGUGUCUCGGUGUCUGCUCUUUCACCCCUGAUUUAAUGUCUUAGUAAAGAAACGCUUACUGUGCGUGUCCUAGACUACAUCCAGAAGUAGCUAGCCUAGCCAGUAAUAAUGACGUCCGAAGCCACUGUGGCCGACACUCGCCGGUUAAACUCCAAGCCGCAGGACCUGACGGACGCUUACGGACCUCCGAGUAAUUUUCUGGAAAUUGACGUCUACGACCCGCAAACUAUCGGAGUCGGGCGGAAUCGGUUCACCACUUACGAAGUCCGGAUGCGGACCAACCUCCCCAUUUUCAAGUUGAAAGAAUCUUGUGUACGAAGAAGGUACAGCGACUUUGAGUGGCUGAAAAAUGAGCUGGAAAGAGACAGUAAGAUCGUCGUUCCGCCUCUGCCUGGGAAGGCACUGAAGAGACAGCUCCCUUUCCGUGGAGACGAGGGAAUAUUUGAGGAGUCGUUCAUUGAAGAGAGGAGAGUCGGACUCGAACAGUUCAUCAACAGAAUUGCUGGUCAUCCCUUGGCUCAGAACGAGCGCUGUCUUCACAUGUUCCUGCAGGAGGAGAGCAUCGAUCGCAACUACAUCCCCGGAAAAAUGCUAUGUAAGACAGUAAGGCGCCUCCUCCCCUCAGAAGACUGCCUCAUCUCUGUGCUUUUACUUGCCUAGCACGCUUACUCAGGUGCUCUUAAAAAAAAACACUGAACCCAAUUCGAAAAAGAACAGUCUUAAUUGUUUUGCUGUUCAGGCUUUAUUUUCUUUAAAAAAAAAAAAAAAAAGCUAAAUCGUUUAGAAGCCCAACAAUAAUGACAAUAGACUGCACGAGUAUCUCACGUUGCAUGAAUGAAUUGUUUCUUGAAGUGCCAGAAGUGUUGUCAAUUCACGGUAAGGAACAUGUACCAUAAGUAGCCCAGACCCUGGACUCUGUCUUUGCCCUCGUCGUGUACAUCAGCAUCCAGUAAGCCUCAUUUGCUGCAUAUUUCAAAAUUUGUGUGUUCAAAAUGUAGCAUGGUAGACAUGAGGAGUGAAAUUGGGACCACAUAUCAUUCUUGUUCAACAUUCCAUGUUUCAUUUCUGCACCUUCCAAACAAUUACCCAUACACAUAUAUAAAUCAAAAUCAUAGAGUAAAGUGUUGCAGCAUUGUACGUCUUCUUGGCUUCUCUAUAUGUUUGUGUCGGAUCACUGCGGUUGGGACUGUACACCUUUAAUCACAAUGAAAAUCGCUGAGGCCCACUGUCCCUCUGACAUCCUUAUCAAGAUCAUUUCUUCUUUUUAUAAAUUUAUAAUAUUGCUGAUUCAAAACUAUAUACAUUUAUCUUGUACCAAGUAUAGUAGUUCUUCAUUUUCAUGAAUUGUCCUGUUAUUCCUGCCCCUUGAAUUAAACUCUCUCUGCCUGCUUUAUUCCAA